AUGGCCGCCCCGCCCGCCGCACCGCGCCUCCCCAUUGGCCGCGCGCCGCGCGGACCGCGUCCCCAUUGGGCGGCGGGGCCGGCGGCCACGCCCCCCCCGCCCGGAGCCGGCGCCCGCUGUCCCCCCCCCCCCUCCCUCCCACUGCCGACGGCGCCCGGCGCGCCGCGCUCUCAUUGGCCGCCCUGCCCGAGGGCCCGCCCCCCGCGCGCUGCUAUUGGCCAGGGCGCCCCGCGGCUCGGUCGCCGCCAUCUUGCGGCGCGUUGCGACACGGGGGCCGCGAUGGCAACGGGCGCGGGGCCGGCGGCGCUUACGGCAGAAGCGGCCGGGCCGGGCCGGGGCGCGGCGGCCGCGGGCUCCGGGCCCCCCGCGCCCCCCGCCGCCCUCAUCGGCCUCCCGCCGCCCUUCGGCGAGCAAGACGAGGAUGACGUGCACAAGUGCGGGCGCUGCCAGUCGGAGUUCAGCUCCCUGGAGGAGUUCGUGCAGCACAAGCUGCAGAAGGGCUGCCAGCGCCCUCCCGACGCGCUCGCCGGGCUCCUCGGCCAGGAAGGACAAAAGGUGGUUCCUGCCGUCGAGGAGUCCAUCACGGUUGCUCACAUUGUUGUUGAAGCAUCUUCCAUAGCAGAGGAGAUCAGCAACGCCUCGGCCAUCGUAGGCAGUGGGCACAUCAAAGAGGUCAUUGUAGCAGGAGACCAUGUGUUUGAGAACCCGAAUGGCCACGUGGAUGGGGAGGUCAGCGAGGAGCAGGGCAGCCCCGAGGAGCAGGACAUUUCCACCGAGCUGAUCAAGGUCAAGCUGCAGGUGAACAAGGAGGGGCGAUACGUGUGUGAGCUGUGCCAGAAGACAUUUAAAACUGCCAGCAUCCUCAAAGCUCACAUGAUCACUCACAGCAGCAGGAAGGACUAUGAGUGUAAACUCUGUGGGACUUCCUUUAGGACAAAGGGAUCUCUGAUCCGCCACCAUCGGCGGCACACGGAUGAAAGACCUUACAAAUGCAAGAAAUGUGGGAAAAGCUUCCGGGAAUCGGGAGCUUUGACUCGGCACCUUAAAUCUCUGACACCUUGCACUGAAAAAAUCCGCUUCAACAUGACCAAAGAAAUAGUUGUCAACAAAGAUGAUCUGCCAUCAGGACCCUGCAGCUCCAACACAGACACGGUGUCCUCCAUAGCGAGCGAAUCCAUCGAGGCCUCCCCUGUCAUCCACCUCGUGACAGAUGCAAAAGGCAACGUGCUUCAUGAGGUCCAUGUCCAGAUGCAGGAGCUUCCCGUGGUGGAUGCAAAACCCCUGGAGCCAGAUCAGUCGCAUCCCGAGGAGCUGCCGUGCGAGGGGGAAGUGAACAGUGAGAACCUGCUGAGGCAGGCCAUGAGGAAUUCGGGGAUUGUCAUCGAGAGAGUGGCUGUGGAGGAGGUGCAGAAGCCAGAUGAACCUGCAGCAGCUGCUCCAGAAGAGCUGGAAAACAAAGGCGUGGAAGUAGAAGAGGAGCCGUGUGGGGAGCAGUGUGCUAAGCUGGAAGGAGCAGAGUCUACGCCUGCAGAAAGAACCAACGGGUACAAACGUUACAUUUGCUCUCACUGUAAUGAAGCCUUCAACGAAGCUGCUGCCCUGGAAACUCACAGCAAGAGUCACACAGAGUACAAACCUUUCAAGUGUGAGGAGUGUGGCAAGGAGUUCACCAAGGGCUACCUGCUGAAGAAGCACCAGGAGGUGCACGUGAACGAGCGGCGGUUCCGCUGCGGGGAGUGUGGGAAGCUCUACAAGACCAUUGCCCACGUGAAGGGGCACCGGCGCGUGCACUCGGACGAGCGGCCCUACGCCUGCCCCAAGUGCGGCAAGCGCUACAAGACAAAGAACGCCCAGCAGGUGCAUUUCCGUACCCACCUGGAGGACAAGCCCUACGUGUGCCACUUCUGCAGCCGGGGGUUCCGGGAGAAGGGCUCCCUGGUGCGCCACAUCCGCCACCACACCGGCGAGAAGCCCUUCAAGUGCUACAAGUGCGGGCGCGGCUUCGCCGAGCACGGCACCCUCAACAGGCACCUCAAAACCAAAGGUGGCUGCCUCCUUGCUAUGAAGGAGGUGGAAGAAGUGAUAGUGUCAGAGGAGAGCCAGUCUGCUGACAACUUGGCAGCCACGGUCCUUUCGGAAGAUCCGCACACGGUUCUGGUGGAGUUUUCCUCGGUGGUGGCAGACACCCAGGAGUACAUCAUCGAGACUUCUACUGAAGACAUGGAGACCAGCGAAGCCACUGAAAUAAUAGAGGGGACAAGACACGAGGUCGACAGCCACAUCAUGAAGGUGGUGCAGCAGAUCGUCAACCAGGCCAACCAGGGCCACCAGAUCAUCGUGCAGAACGUCACCGUGGCCGAGGGCGCCGCGGCCGCCGACGCCGCCGACACCAUCACCAUCGCCACGCCCGAGAGCCUCACCGAGCAGGUGGCCAUGACCCUGGCCUCGGCCAUCGGCGACGGCGCCGUGCUGGCCACCGAGGGCGGGCUGGCCGCGCAGGAGGCCACCGUCACCAUGGUGGCGUCCGAGGACAUCGAGAUCAUGGAGCACGCGGGGGAGUUCGUGAUCGCCGCCUCGCAGGAGGGAGAGGUGGAGGUGCAGACGGUGAUCGUGUGAGCCAGGGGCAGCUGCAAACCUGGGCCCUGCUCAGAGAGCCAGGGGAAUGUUCCGGAGGGAAGUGGCUUCGUGGGACACUGCAGGCCCAAAAGGGGACAGGGCAGGCCCAAAAGGGGACAGGGCAGGCCCAAAACGGGAUAGGACAGGUCAAAAACGGGAUAGGACAGGUCUAAAACAGGAUAGGACAGGGCAGGCCCGAGGUGUUCUCAGUCUAAAACCACUGCCAGGGGUUAAACCCUUGGCCUGGUCACACUGAGGAGACUGACAGGUCACAAGUGGCACUCGGUAUUCUGUACAGCAGCCUCGAAUUAAGGAAGAUCCUUUGGGGAUCAGCCCCCUCUGCCCACCACUGGGACAGCAGUGGUCUGGUUUUUAAAAGGAUUCAGAAAGUAUAGCAAAUAUGUGGGGUCUCACAAGGGAUUAUUUAAAUAUAUGCAUUUAAAACAAGUUGAGAAAACCAAACCUAAGGAGUUGUGGUGUGUGUUGAGCACCACUGAAACACUCUCAUGCCUUUAACCUCACUCCUUCAGGCCUCCCAAGGCAUGGUACUACAGUAUUUCUCUUUUCUUUGGUAUCCUGGACAAGUAGCCUUAUGUACUGGUCUAUGAAUGCAUCAUUGUACCCUGCAAUGCCAGCCAGGCUGCUCUGAGAGCCAGCCUGGGGGCUGGAAAGCCAUAUUGUAUAGGAAUUUGGUUUUUUUAAACCAUAUAUGGAUUUUUUAAUUGCAUAUUGUACAGAUUUGGCAUGUAAAUAAAUACAUUUUUAAAAAUAAAAUUAUUUAAAGUUCUUA